AUGGAACUACCAAACAAACUCCGCUUGGAUCGGUGCCCGAUUUUGGCGGCCGCAAUAUUACUACCUGCGAUAACGGUGCUGUGUAAUGACAUCCUCAGCCUGAAGGUGGCAGGAGAUCCGGUGCUAACCCCGAACUCCGUGUGCCUGCGCCUGGCCGGCCUCAGUAAGCGCCAGAUGAGGAUGUGCGUGCGUCGACCCGACGUGACGGCCUCCGCUCUGCAGGGCAUCCAGGUGGCCAUCCACGAGUGUCAGCACCAGCUGCGGGACCAGCGGUGGAACUGCUCGUCUUUGGAGACACUCGGCAAGCUGCUGCACCAUAGCAACAUCCUAAACAGAGGUUUUCGUGAGAGUGCCUUUUCGCUGGCCUUGUUAGCGGCGGGUGUGGCGCACUCUGUGGCCUCGGCCUGCAGCAUGGGGAAGCUGGGGAGGUGUGGCUGUGGGGACAAGCGUCGCCAGGACGAUGACAAGCUCCGAUUGAAGCUCACACAGCUGCAACUGCAGACGCUGAAGAAGGGUGGCCUGGGAAUCAAUCCUUUUCCGGAUGAGCUGAGCUCCAUGCAGGAGACUUGGGAGUGGAGGGGCUGCAACCACGACUUGCGUUUUGGGGAGCGUUUUUCCAGGGAGUGGCUCGACUCGCGGGGAUCUCCAAGAGACAUCCACGCUCGUAUGAGGAUACAUAACAACCGAGUGGGACGACAGAUAGUAGCUGACAAUAUGAAGAGGAGGUGCAAGUGUCACGGCACGUCGGGGAGCUGCCAGUUCAAGACCUGUUGGCACGUGUCACCAGAGUUCCGGCUCGUGGGUUCAAUACUGAAGGAAAAAUUCCUGUCGGCCAUCUUGGUCAACUCCCAGAACAAGAACAAUGGGGUUUUCAAUCCCCGAACAGGGAACGACGGCCGCAGGAGGACGAGAAACCUGAACAGAGGUCGCCGUCGCAGCCUGUCCAGAGAGUUGGUGUACUUCGAGAAGUCCCCUGACUUUUGUGAGCGAGAUGUGGCUGUAGACUCUUUGGGCACGCACGGCCGCAUCUGCAACAAAACGAGCCACGGCACGGACAGUUGCGGCUCGCUGUGCUGCGGCCGAGGACAUAACAUACUGAAACAGACCCACAGCCAGCGCUGCAACUGCAGGUUUCACUGGUGCUGCUAUGUUCUGUGUGAGGAGUGUCGCGUCACAGAAUGGGUCAGCAUGUGCAAGUAG